GCCCCUCCCAUGAGUCUUCCCGUCCUCGUACCCUCUCCACCAACUCCGUCCAGUUCAUCCAAUGUCUCCCCUUCACCUGACCUGCAUCCUCAUCCAAACACCAGAAACAGCGCCAACGCCGCUGCAAGACGCAAACACAACAAAAGACUAAACACCGCCGAGCACCGAGCGAUACAUAACGCAGUCGAAAGAGCUCGUAGAGAGACAUUGAACGGAAGGUUUUUAGACCUCGCCAAACUCCUCCCAAACCUCUCUCAAAUCCGCCGUCCCUCCAAGAGCGCCAUCGUCAACUCCUCGAUCGCUCAUCUCGCCGCCAGUCGAAGACACCGAGCACUAGCUUCAAGAGAGCUCCGAAUUCUCAAACUCGAAUCGGACCACUUGAGGAAAGAACUGAACGAAUGGCGAGAUAGGGCGGGUAUUGCGCGUGUUGAAGAGCCAGUGAGAGGGGAAGCGUUUAGUAUGAUUCUCAAUCAAGAAGUUGAGGACAUACCUGUUUUGAAACAUGGUGGUGGGUAUGACGAUGAGGAAUUUAUGGACGACGCUUCGAGUGAAGGGGAUUACACCCCGAAUCACUCGUUGGAUUCGGAUUCACACCACAGCGGGUCGACAACAACGCCGUAUAUGAAUCCCCCACCACCGCUCUCAACGUUCAUGCCGAAUCCACAGCACCCCCAUCGUCAACAGAGCUUGAACACUAGCCCAAGUCCAACGUACGGCGGUGUUCACUACGAAAUCCAAGAUACGACGAGUUACACAAACGCCGGUUUUGUCGUACCCUCGUUCAAUAACAUGCAGAUGAUGGUCACGGCUGGGAGAGGGAUGAACGCGUAUCCGAUGAUGGUACAAUGAUGGCAUCAGAUUUUUUCUCCCUUUCUUUUCCUCCCUUCGUUUUCGUUUCGUUACUCCACCCAGGGAAUGUUGAAAAAUCCACAGAUCGAGAAGUCAGAUCAAUUUCCUCUUACUCAACUUAGUUAUUACCCCCGCUGCUUUCUGAUUUCUAGUACAUAAAUCAAUAUGUAUGUAUGUAUAUACCUUUUUCAUACGAUUUACCCCAACCCCCCUACGCUAUUUUUAUUUUUGCGGUGAUUGUGAACCGCGGGGACUAUCUAUGGGCGAUCUCGCAGCUGCAACUCGUGGGUGUACGUGGUUGUUAUAGAGAUUCCAAGUUACUAUACUAUGGAACCAUC